AUGAAGGACGACACCGCCUUCACCUCCAUGCGGCGCGACGACACGAUCCAGUCGGAUGAGUAUGGCAUCCACCACAUUCAAGUCGAUACCCCCGCGAUAGCGGACAUUGAAGCGGCCAUGGUGUAUGCCGGCGCACUGCGGCCGGGGGGGGCGCUCAACUACACGAGCCCAGAAGUUCUCGGUCUGCUGAGCCAGUACGUCGCGAUUGGGCUCAUGUUAGGCGCGUUCUCGAACCUGGUGUACCCUGUGUUCACUGUGUACUUUCGCAUGUCCGGGGCGCAGAUACAUGGCAUCACUGCGCUGACCGUGAUCGGGUGGAACUUGAAAGUUCUCUUUGGCAUCCUGUCAGACUGUUUUCCCAUCUUUGGCUACCGUCGAAAGUCGUGGAUGGUCAUUGGGUGGCUCGCGUGCUGUGCCGUGUUGGUGUGCUUGGCUACAUACGACGCCGGUGGCCCGUACAUUGCGGACACCGCCUACUUUCGCAAAGCGCUGCCGACCGACCCCACACUUCGUGCAAGCCUCGUGAACGAAAACGCCAAGACCCGUGGCUCGAUCGUUGGCAUGCUGUGCGGUGUCGCUGUGAUAUCGUACGUUGUCGCAGACGUCGCUGCCGACGCGCUCUUUGUCGAAAUGGCCCAGCGAGAACCGGAACGCAUCCGUGGCCGCCUCCAGUCGAUGAUUUACGUAGCCCGGUAUGUCGCGACGGUCAUUGCCCAAGCCGUCAUUGGGCUCUGCCUCAAUUCGGAAGAGUACGGCGGGACGUUUUCGUGGAGCAUGGGGCAGCAAUGGUUCUUCGUCUUUCUCGCAGUGCCCUGUGCGAUCAUGGUCCCGAUCUCCGUCACGUGCGUUGACGAUGCCCCCCACCGCGGUGUCCACUUCGGUCAGUACAUGCGCGAGUUUUGGCAACUCGUUCAAAACCGCGCCAUGUGGCAGUUCAUGGUGUUUCGCUUCUCGUUCAACUUUUUGUCGUCCGGGUUGGUCACGACGGCGGCGCCGUACGUGCAGUAUCACUGGGCGCACGUCACAACGAUGAAUAGCCAGCUCUUUUCGAUCGCAGGGAACCUUGUGUUCGCGGGGGGACUGGCCUACACUGGCUCGUGCGGGACCGCUUGGAACUGGCGCACAGUCAUCGUCGCCACGAAUCUGUCGAUCGUUGCCGUCGACGCGGCGGUCACGUUUUGCACAAUCUACGACGUUGUCCGCAACGAGUACGUUUACUUGGUCGUGACUCAAGUGAUCGAGAACAUCCCGAGCGCCGUCCAGUUCCUUGUGACAGGAUUCAUCAUUGUCGAGCUUGCCGAAAUGGGCAACGAAGGCAUCACGUACGCGCUGCUGUCCACCAUGAACAACUUACCGAUUGCGUUCGGUCCACUCGUCGGAAACAUCGUGAGCGGCCAAUUCAACGUGACCGAAGCUGACGUUGUGGCCGACACACGUCGCGACCGCCACAACGUCGCGUACACGUAUUUGAUCUACUACAUGGCGGCCAUCCUCGCGUGCGGCGUCGUCGUGCUGUGUCCGAGCCAGAAACCACAAGUGUACCAACUUAAAGUACAAGGUGGCAACCAACCUGUCGUUGCCGCAGUCGUGCUUGUGCUGAGCUUCAUCUGCUUGAUGUUUUCGAUCGUGGUCAGCUUGCUGUCCAUGUUUCCGUCGACACAGUGCCUCGUCGUUGCAGGAGGCAAAGGGUGCCACGUCUAA